GGACCAAAAGAAAAGGUUGCUCAAGAACUAACAAAAUCAGAACCAACUUUUAGCACAAACAAUCUAUACACUAAGAAACCAGAAGAAAAUACACAAGUAAAUGAGGAACAAGAUGAAUUAAUGCCAAUUUCUGAACACCCCUCAGACACAGAAGAAGAAAUGUCAAUGGAAUCAGAAACUGAACUGCUAAACAAUUCCACAAAGGAAAAUAAAACUACAAACACCAACUGGGAAACAGAAGCUCUUAACAACACAACAGCUCAUUACCCACUUGAAAAAGGAGAAAUAGAUGAAGAACAAUUCAGUGUAAAAAAAGCUCUAAAAGCUCUUCAUGAACCAUGA